GGCGGUGAGCGCGGCCCUCCCCGCGCGGCCCGGCCCGGUCCGGCCCGCCGCCAUGGCCCGCCUCGCCGACUACUUCGUGCUGGUGGGCUACGACGCGGAAAAGCGCGGGAGCGGGGACGGCCAGGGACAGAUCCUGCAGCGCUUCCCCGAGAAGGACUGGGAGGACAACCCCUUUCCUCAAGGCAUCGAGUUGUUCUGCCAGCCCAGCGGUUGGCAGCUCUUCACAGAGAGGAACCCCCCCACCUUCUUCGUGGCCGUGCUGACCGACAUCAACUCAGAGAGGCACUACUGCGCCUGCUUCACCUUCUGGGAGGCUGUGGAGAGCGCGCAGCCUCAAAGCCACCCCAGGAAUGGAGAAGAGGAGGAAGAGGAAUCGGCUUCUCCUGUCCAACCGGCACAGCUCUUUGCUCCCAAGAGCCUGGUGCUGGUGUCAAGGCUGGACCACGCCGAGGUGUUCAGGAACAGCCUGGGCUUGAUCUACACCAUCUACGUGGACGGGUUGAACGUGUCCCUGGAGAAUGUCAUUGGGAACCUGCUGACAUGCACCAUCCCCAUCACUGGUGGAGCCCAGCGGACGAUCUCGCUGGGUGCAGGGGACAGGCAGGUGAUCCAGACACCCAUCAAUGACUCGCUUCCCGUCAGCAGCUGCAGUGUGGCUCUGCUCUUCCGGCAGCUCGGCAUCACCAAUGUGCUGUAUCUCUUCUGUGCAGCGCUCACUGAGCACAAGAUCCUGUUUCUCUCCAGCAGCUACCAGCGGCUCACCGAUGCCUGCCGGGCUCUCCUUGCACUUAUGUUCCCCCUUAAGUACAGUUUCACGUACGUACCCAUCCUGCCCGCACAGCUCCUGGAGGUACUGAGCACGCCGACACCCUUCAUUAUCGGGGUCCACUCCAUCUUCCAGUCGGAGACACAGGAGCUGCUGGAUGUUGUUAUCGCCGACCUGGAUGGGGGCACAGUGAAUGUCCCUGAGUGUGUGCACAUCUCCCUGCUCCCUGAGCCUCUCCUUCAGCAGACCCGUGAAGCCCUCUCCAUGGUCUUGGACCCGGAGCUGGAGGUGGCAGAUCUGGCAUUCCCCCCUUCUACGAUUUCUGCUUCAUCUCUCAAAAUGCAGGACAAGGAGAUCCGGGCUGUCUUCCUCCGCUUGUUUGCACAGCUGCUGCAGGGCUACCGUUGGUGUCUGCACAUCAUCCGCAUCCAUCCUGAGCCCGUCAUCCGCUUCCACAAGGCAGCCUUCCUGGGGCAGAGGGGGCUGACGGAAGAUGACUUCCUUACCAAGGUGCUGGAGGGCAUGGCCUUUGCUGGCUUUGUGACAGAGAGGGGAGCUCCGUACCGCUCCAUCGACCUCUUCGAUGAGCUUGUUGCUUAUGAAGUGAAGCGCAUGCGUGCAGAAGAGGGGAACAAGCAGAAAAUAUUGCGGCACAUUAAGGAGCUGGCAGAGAAACUUUACAAAAAUGAGAACCCAUACCCCGCUGUGACCAUGCACAAAGUGCAGAAGCCCACGGAAGGCUGUCAUCUGCGCCUGCACCAGAAGCCCUUCCCACGUUUGGAUGAGGGCACAGUGCAGUGGAUCAUCGAUCAGGCCACAGCCAAGCUACAGACAGCUCCUCCAGCUGUGAAAGCAGAGAAGAAGUGCAUGGUUCCCUCAGGCCCCCCCAUUGCAGCCAUCAUGGAGCGAAAUGGCAACGCCUUGGCCAACAGCGCCCGCCGCCUGGAGGUGGUUCGGAACUGCAUCUCCUAUGUCUUUGAGAACAAGAUGUUAGAAGCCAAAAAGUUGUUCCCUGCUGUGCUGCGUGCCAUGAAAGGCCGAGCGGCCCGGCAUUGCCUGACCCAGGAGCUGAAUCUGCACGUGCAGCAGAACCGUGCCGUGCUGGACCACCAGCAGUUCGACUUCAUCGUCCGUAUGAUGAACUGCUGCUUGCAGGACUGCACGGCCAUGGAUGAGCAUGGGAUUGCAGCCGCGCUCCUGCCGCUGGUCACCGCUUUCUGUCGAAAACUGAGCCCAGGCAUCACGCAGUUUGCCUACAGCUGUGUGCAGGAGCAUGUGGUGUGGACCAACAUCCAGUUCUGGGAAGCUAUGUUCUACAGUGAUGUGCAGAACCACAUCCGAGCCUUGUAUCUGGACAGCAGUGAGGAGAACCACACAGAUGAGGAGGGCACAGAGGAACCCCAAGAAGCCAGGUCUGCCCUUGAGAUAGCAUCAGAGCAGCUGAGGCUGUGGCCCACCAUGAGCCGAGAGAAGCAGCAGGAGCUGAUCCAAAAGGAGGAGAGCACAGUUUUCAGCCAGGCCAUCCACUACGCCAACCGCAUGAGCUACCUGCUGCUGCCUCUGGACACCAGCAAGAACCGCCUGCUGCGCAGCUCCGGGCUGGGGGAUGUGGAGAGCGUCAGCAACAGCUUUGUCACCAACAGCAUCGCUGGCAGCGUGGCCGAGAGCUACGACACGGAAAGUGGAUUUGAGGAUGCAGAAAGCUCAGAUGUGGCCAACUACGUGGUGCGGUUCAUCAACCGCUUCGUGGACAAAGUGUGCACUGAGAGCGGAGUCACCAACGAGCACCUGAAGGGGCUGCACGUCAUGAUCCCUGAUAUCGUGCAGAUGCACAUAGAGACACUGGAUGCUGUGCACAGGGAGAGCAAGAGGCUUCCUCCCAUCCAGAAGCCAAAGCUGCUGCGCCCCAACCUGUUGGUGGGUGAGGAGUGUGUGAUGGAGGGGCUGCGUGUGUACCUCAUGCCCGACGGGCGGGAGGAGGCCGCCGGGGGGAAUAUUGGUGGUCCACCCCUUCUCCCUGCGGAAGGAGCCAUCUUCCUCACCACGUACCGCAUCAUCUUCAAAGGCACUCCCACAGACCCCCUGGUGGGGGAGCAGGUGGUGAUCCGAUCCUUCCCCAUCUCCUCGCUGACCAAAGAGAAGAAGAUCAACAUCCAGGCCCAGGUGGAUCAGUUCAUCCAGGAGGGCCUGCAGCUGCGCUCGUGCACAUUCCAGCUGCUGAAGAUUGCCUUCGAUGAGGAGGUGGCUUCAGACAGCGCCGAGGUCUUCAGGAAGCACCUGCACAAGCUGCGUUACCCCCAGCAUGUGCACGGGACCUUUGCCUUCACUGUGGGCCAGUCUCCCAAGCAAGCCAUGCAGCCUAAGGCCAAGGAGAAGAACCCCUCGCUCAGCUCCCAGCAGGUGACCGAUAUGUUCCAGGGCCUGACAGUGGGGGUCAUGUCCCUCGGGCACCUUGGCCAUUCGACCACGACGCUCUCCAAAAACCUGGUGAAAAAUGCCAAGAAAACCAUCGGUCGCCAAUAUGUGACACGCAAGAAAUACACGCCGCCUGCCUGGGAGCAGCGCAGCAGCCAGCACUUCCCAGAGGACAACGAGGAUGAGAUCUCAGUGUCCGAGGAGAUGGACAGGAGCACUUUGACCCCCACCACAACCAUCAGACCCUCGGAGAAGAUGACCAUCAACCACUUGGUGGAGCGCGCCUGCUGCCGCGACUACCAGCGCCUGGGGCUGGGCACCCUCAGCAGCAGCCUCACGCGUUCCAAGAACGAACCCUUCCGCAUCUCCACGGUGAACCGCAUGUACGCCAUUUGUCGGAGUUACCCCGGGCUGCUCAUCGUGCCGCAGAGCAUCCAGGACAACACCAUCCAGCGCAUCUCCCGCUGUUACCGCCAGAACCGCUUCCCCGUGGUGUGCUGGCGCAACUCCCGCACCAAAGCCGUGCUGCUGCGCUCGGGGGGGCUGCACGGGAAGGGCGUCGUGGGCCUCUUCAAGUCACAGAAUGCUCCCACUGCAGGCCCCUCGCAGACGGACUCCACCAGUUUGGAGCAGGAGAAAUACCUGCAGGCUGUCAUCAAUUCCAUGCCCCACUACGCCGACGCCGGCGGGCGUAACACGCUCAGUGGCUUCACCUCUGCUCACAUGAGCAGUGCAGAUUUCUCCGACAAGAGGCAGCCUAAGCUGGGAUCGCUCAUGAAGCAGGUGAUGGGAGGGAAGGACGAAGGGCCCGGUACUAUUAGCCGUGGAGGGCUGGGUCACAGAGCCAGGGUCAUCACCCUGUCCACCCCCAAGUGCGUGUCGCCGAAGGGCCGCGAGUCGCCCCGAGGCAAAUGGGGCAGCAUCCGGGCCAGUGGGCGUAUGAGCAGCUAUGCCCUGAAUGUGGAGAUCGGCUCACGGCUGGCUGGGAAGGACCUGCUGGGUGCCCAGCACAACGGCGCUCCCGCCGAGGCCAGCUUCCUGCGUCAGCACCGCGCCUCGCUCUACAUCAUCGGGGACAAGUCGCAGCUGAAGGGGGUGAAGCCAGACCCGCUGCAGCACUGGGAGGUGGUGCCCAUCGAGGUGUUUGACGUGCGGCAGGUGAAGGCCAGCUUCAAGAAGCUGAUGAAGGCCUGCGUGCCUGGCUGCCCCUCCACAGACCCCAACGUCGCCUACCUGCGCUCCCUGGAGGAGUCCGAGUGGCUCUCACAGAUCCAUAAGAUCCUGCAGAUUUCAGUGCUGGUGGUGGAGCUCCUGGACACGGGUUCCUCUGUGCUUGUCAGCCUGGAGGACGGCUGGGACAUCACCACACAGGUGGUCUCCUUGGUGCAGCUCUUGUCAGACCCUUACUACCGGACGCUGGAGGGCUUCCGCCUGCUGGUGGAGAAGGAGUGGUUGUCCUUUGGGCACCGCUUCAGCCACCGUGGGGCCCAGACCUUGGCUGGCCAGAGCAGUGGCUUUGCUCCCAUCUUCCUGCAGUUCCUGGACUGCGUGCACCAGAUCCACUUGCAGUUCCCCAUGGAGUUUGAGUUCAGUCUGUACUACCUGAAGUUCCUCAGCUACCACUACAUCUCCAAUCGGUUCCGGACUUUCCUGCUGGAUUCUGACUAUGAACGCAUUGAGCUGGGCCUCCUGUAUGAGGAGAAGGGUGAACGCAAAUGCCAGCAGGUCUACAAGUCCAUCUGGGAUUACAUCGACCGGCUGAACAAGAAAGCUCCUGUCUUCUUCAACUACAUGUAUGCCCCCGAGGAUGGGGAGGUGCUGCGGCCGUACAGCAACAUUUCCAACCUGAAGGUGUGGGACUAUUACACGGAGGAGACGCUCUCUGAGGGCCCCUCCUACGACUGGGAGUUGGUGCAGGGGCAGCCCGAGCACAUGGAGGAGGCAGACAGGCAGGACACCAGCGCACCACAAACCAAGCGCAAAAUCAUCUGGCCCUGCUACGACAACCGCAGCCGCAUGGAGCCCGACGCCAUCUCCAAGCUGCUGGAGGACCUGCACAACCUGGAGAUGGAGCUGGGGCAGGUCCCGGAGCGCUGGAAGGACACGUGGGACAAAAUCAAAGCCUCUCAGCGCACCGAGGCUCGGCAGGAGGGCAGCCGGACCCCCAGCUCCCUGCUGAUGUCCUCGGGGCUCUCGCACCACCGCCGCUCGCUGGGGGUGUACCUGCAGGAGAGCGGCGUGGGCUCCACCCUCAACCUCAGCCUCGACAGUGACACCAGCAGCACAUCCACGCCGUCCAGCGGGAAGCAGGGCGGCCGCAGGAGCACCAGCACGUUGUACAGCCAGUUCCAGAUGUCAGAGAGCGAGAACAGGUCCUACGAGGGGUCUUUGUACAAGAAGGGAGCCUUCAUGAAGCCCUGGAAGCCUCGCUGGUUCGUGCUGGAUAAAACCAAGCACCAGCUGCGGUACUACGACAGCCGGAUGGACACGGAGUGCAAAGGUGUCAUUGAUCUGGCCGAGGUGGAAUCCAUCACGCCUGGAACCCCCACCAUGGGAGCCCCGAAGACGGUGGAUGAGAAAGCGUUCUUCGACCUGAAGACGACGAAACGCGUUUACAAUUUCUGCGCCCAGGACGUGCAGUUGGCCCAGCAGUGGAUCGACCGCAUCCAGAGCUGCUUGUCGGACGCAUGAGAGCGGCUCAGGGAGCCCCGAUCCCACGCACGGCCGCCUGCGGCACCCCGGCAACGCGGAGCAGAGCCCUGAGCCGGGGCAGAGCAGGAGAUGGAGCCGGGGGGAGCAGCUCUGCACCCUGCGGUGGCAGGACUUGCGUUGUGGAGGACGGCGCCGAGCUGAAGCGGGUUGUGGCACCACGGCGUCGCUCUGCCCUGCGGUUACCAUCGUCUGCAAGCCUCGCCCUGCUCUGUGCAGCAGCAGCAGCAGCAGCAGCGACGGCAGCGUUGGACAGAGUGCUGCUGCAGGGCUGCUGUCCCCACGCCUGCAUGAGCAGCCGCCAGCCCUCCGUCCUCCGCCCGUCUCUUUGUGCAGGGGGGGCCGACGCUGAGCCCAGGCUGGGGUCCGGCUGAGCCGCAGCGGCGCCGGGCGAUGACGCAAAGGCUGAGCGGAGCCGCCGAGCGCUGUGCAAUCCCUGCAAUCCCUGCUCCUUUUUCCCCCCAUGGCAGGCAGUUGGGGAGCAGCACCGUGGGCUUCAUCCCCCCCCCCACCUCCCCAGGGCUGCGCUGAGCUCACGGCACCGCAGAGCUGCCAGGCUGAGCCUACAGGACUGGGGGAACCCCCAGCUUUGUGCCCCCGCUGCCCCACAAACCCCCCACCCCCCCCCCUUAUUGCUGUUCCCGGCAUCAGUGCAGAAAGGGGGGGGAGGGAGGGGGGGGGGGGGGCUCUCGGUACACAAACAGAUCCUGCACAGGAUUUGGGGUUUGGGCUCAGCUCCCCCAUCCCGCAGCUCUGCUGCCUCCCGACCCGUCUUGUUUUUAAGAGUACAAUGUUUUAUUUCGGCGCCCAGGUCUUUGUACAGUCUGAACCCCCCUCCCCAAAUCCCCUUUCUGACCCCCCUCCCCCCCUUUUGUUUUAUGGCCCCACGAUGGCCGGUAGCCGAUGUCACCAGGAGGUUUUUGUAACGUCGCGGAGCAGUUGUAGAUUAUUGACGUUUCUGUACAUUGUGUCAAACAUGACAGAGUCCUUGUAUUGUAUUGUGCCUAGAGGAAAAACACAGACAAAAAAAGGUUAUUCUAUAAGAAGAGGAAACUAACGGAGUUUAAUAAAAAAGAAAAGAAACAAAAAAAGGAGGCGUUUCGAGGUGCCUCAGUGCUGUGCUGGGGGCUGAGGACCCACACAGAACCCCAAGGGAACCCAGCACCGCCAGCCUGCUUUGAGCUCUUAUUGAUGGACAGUUGGGAUUUACAGCCUGAACCCGACAGCGGACAGAGAUGCAGAUUUCUGUUUGGUUUUCUAUUUAUUUUUUUAGUUUCCGUCCUCUUUUUUUACCAAACCAAACCCAACCGAAAACCAAAAUGACCCAAAACCA